GGUCCUUCAGAGGGAAGCGAGCUCCAGCCUGUAGCCCCGGCGCCAAACCGCCGUCAUCUCCUUCCUGUGCCGGGUGAUCCGUCUCCUCACCCACCCGGAAAAACAUAGUCCGCCCCUCGCGUCCUUGUGGAGUAGCGCUUUGCUUCCACUGUGACACUCUUUGCCCGCACCUUCGUCUUUCCCAUCCCAAGCACUCUAGGACCCACCGAGAGGAUAAGUCAGCUGUGAACAGAAACCUCAAGGGAAAAGAGAGGGGGAGCCGAAGGGAAGGGAGGGAUAGGCGAGGCUGGCGGAGGGACACUGAGGACCGCGGUCGUAGUGCGCACGCGCGGCGGCAGGAACGAGUUCCGGUCUGGCCGGGGCCUGUCUCCUAAAAAUAGCCCCGGUGUGGGGAUCCGUGCGCGGAUGUCCCGGCGAGUCCCGGGCUGAAGGAGGCGGCUCCGGGCGGCGCGGAGCGCUGGUGUCUGGCCCGGGCUGCAGCGUGUGUGCGCUCGCCAGCGGCGCCGGAGACACGGAAUUGCAUUUUGUGAAAAAGGAGCAAAGAAGAAUUUUCUGCGAGGAUCAUAUGAAGUGCACUUUCUUGCUGAUAUAUCAUUUCUAAUCUUAUAGAAAAUUUCAGCUGUAGCCCUUGGACCAGAAGCUGAAAUAAUAGAAGCUGUGUACGAUGCAUUAGGGUAUUGAAGAAAAUACAUUUUGAAUUAAAUAUUUGGAAUAUAAGGAAGGAAAGGUGAUUGAAAAUGGGGCGGAAGAAAAUUCAAAUCACACGCAUAAUGGAUGAAAGGAACCGACAGGUUACUUUUACAAAGAGAAAGUUUGGAUUAAUGAAGAAAGCCUAUGAACUUAGUGUGCUCUGUGACUGUGAAAUAGCACUCAUCAUUUUCAACAGCUCUAACAAACUGUUUCAGUAUGCCAGCACUGACAUGGACAAAGUUCUUCUCAAGUAUACAGAGUAUAAUGAACCUCAUGAAAGCAGAACCAACUCGGAUAUUGUUGAGGCUCUGAACAAGAAGGAACACAGAGGGUGCGACAGCCCAGACCCUGAUACUUCCUAUGUGCUAACUCCACAUACAGAAGAAAAAUAUAAAAAAAUUAAUGAGGAAUUUGAUAAUAUGAUGCGGAAUCAUAAAAUCGCAGUGAGUACUAAACCUGGUUUGCCACCUCAAAACUUCUCAAUGUCUGUCACAGUCCCUGUGACCAGCCCUAACGCUUUGUCCUACACUAACCCAGGGAGUUCACUUGUGUCGCCAUCUUUGGCCGCCAGCUCAACAUUAGCAGAUUCAAGCAUGCUGUCUCCACCUCAAGCCACGCUGCACAGAAAUGUAUCCCCUGGAGUCCCUCAGAGACCACCGAGUACCGGCAGUACAGGUGGGAUGUUGAGCACUUCAGACCUCACAGUGCCAAAUGGAGCCGGAAGCAGUCCAGUGGGGAAUGGAUUCGUAAACUCAAGAGCUUCUCCAAAUUUGAUUGGAACUACUGGUGCAAAUAGUUUAGGCAAAGUUAUGCCUACAAAGUCUCCCCCUCCUCCAGGUGGUGGCAAUCUUGGAAUGAACAGUCGAAAACCAGAUCUUCGAGUUGUCAUCCCUCCUUCCAGCAAGGGCAUGAUGCCUCCACUGUCGGAGGAAGAGGAAUUGGAGUUGAAUACCCAAAGGAUAAGCAGUUCUCAAGCCACUCAGCCUCUAGCUACCCCAGUCGUGCCUGUGACCACCCCGAGCUUGCCUCCGCAGGGACUCGUGUACUCAGCCAUGCCGACCGCCUACAACACUGAUUACUCACUGACUAGCGCGGACCUGUCGGCCCUGCAGGGCUUCAACUCCCCAGGCAUGCUGUCUCUGGGACAGGUGUCGGCCUGGCAGCAGCACCAUUUAGGACAAGCCGCCCUCAGCUCUCUGGUUGCUGGAGGGCAGUUAUCUCAGGGUUCGAAUUUAUCCAUUAAUACCAACCAAAACAUCAACAUUAAGUCAGAACCAGUUUCACCUCCCCGGGAUCGAAUGACCCCAUCAGGCUUCCAGCAGCAGCAGCAGCAGCCACCGCCGCAGCCGCCGCCGCCACAGCCCCCCCAGCCCCCCCAGCCCCGGCAGGAAAUGGGGCGCUCCCCUGUGGACAGUCUGAGCAGCUCGAGCAGCUCCUAUGAUGGGAGUGACCGGGAGGAUCCACGGGGCGACUUCCAUUCUCCAAUCGUGCUUGGCCGACCCCCCACCACGGAGGACAGAGAAAGCCCUUCCGUCAAGCGAAUGAGGAUGGACGCAUGGGUGACCUAAGGCUCCUGGGCUGGUGUUCGUACUUCGUGAUCCCGCAGCGAACUGCCCUACAUAUCUACAUCGGUAAAUAAGGACAUGAGUUAACUAUAUUUAUAUGUACAUACAUACAUAUAUAUCCCUUUAUAUAUAUAUAUAUGUAUGUGGGUGUGAGUGUGUGUGUGUGUGUGUGUGUGUGUGUGUAUGUGUGUGUGUUACAUACAGAAUCGGGCACUUACCUGCCUCGUAGAUCUGCAGAUGUACGUCCCGUGGCAAACAAAGCGCCCUGUAGGCAGAUUCUAGUCUGGCACUUCCUUGGACUACUUGUUUCAUAAGAUAACCAGUUUUUGCAGAAAA